AUUAAGGAAAAUAAAAUACCUCUAACUAAUAACGAUCUUAGGAAAAAAUUAACUCCUAGCUUUGAUAUACGCUUUACUAAGGUCUAUAGGGAUAGCUAUAUCUCUAGCUUCCUUAAGGGUAGUGAGUUUAAUGCUCUUCUUUCUAUUAAACUAAACGAUAUAGAGAGCGCCAUGAAUAUUAAGGGAGCGCUAUUAGGUAGUCCGCUCGACUAUAAGAAUAUAGGUAUCUAUAUAAACGCUCUACUAGAAAGUUAUCUUAAUUAUAAGGUUAACGCCGUUACACAAGAUCCCAAGCUUGCCACUAACCCUAAUCGUGUCGGGAUAUAUCUGAGCCCGUUACUUUUCCGUCAACUCCUUCCGGUCUAUUCCUAUCUAGAGAUCCCUACCCGGAGGCAAAUGCAAUACUAA